UAUAACUAAUAUUAUAAUGAAUAGUAAUAAUGAAAAACCUAAGAUUGACUCAAUAAUUGAUUAAUUUUAUGGGUUUAAAGUGAUAGAAGAGGUGCCAGAAGAGGAGAGAUAAUUUGAUUAAGUGGUUCCAUAACCAGAUUAAACAUUAAUUUAAAAGAUGCUAGUAUGAUCAUAUAAUAAUAUUAUAGGAUGAUAGUUUGUAAAGGAGAUAAGAGUUUGUAUAAAGCAAUGAGUGUAAAGAAUACUCAUAAAUGUUAAUAAUAUCUUAAAUAAGAAUGGAUUUUACAAAUGAUGAUCCAUUUCUUAAACAUUUGAUGAAUGUUGAAAAAGCAAUUAAGAAGGCAAUUCGAAAUAUUUUAUUGUAAUUGUAAAAACUUGAAAACAAAUAAACUUUUAAAGAGGCAUGUGAUAAAUUGAUAAAGAUAUUUUAUUAAGAUAUUAAUAUUGGAUUCAUAACAUCAACUGGUUAGAUUAAAUCAACAGCCUAUGCUUUUAUAUUUAAGUCAAUAAUAGAAUUAAUAAACAGAAAAAAGAUCAAUUUGUAAUUUAAAAAGAUUCCUCUUAAAAUAACCCUAACAUUCUUUGCAAUAGAUUCUCUUUAGUAAAUCACACCAGCAUAAAAAUAGUAUGAUCCUCGAAGUGCUUUUAUUAGAAAUAACAAAUUUUUUAAUGACUACAUAAUAUUAUCUUAAACCAAUUAAGAUGAAUUAAGGAGUGGUGUAUCAAUCUUCUUUGUAUAUAGGCCAGAAGAUGAUUAAAUAUAUGCAUUGAAAAGAGUAACAAUUAUGAUAAUUUUAAUUAUAGAGCAAAUUGUAAGCAACUCAACUCGAUUUUUUUUCUGUUUUUUCUGGAACAGCAUCUAAUACACCAAUAACCCCAGAUAUUAGAAAAAUUAGAGAAGCCAAAAUCCUAUCAAAAUUGACUCAUCCAAAUAUCUUAAGGUAUUUAAUUUAAGUUUGAUCUAAGACUUUUUGCUUGGUGGAUAGAAUAAACUAACGAUGGUUAUUAUUUAUAUAUGUAACUUGAAUAUUGUUCAUUCCCUGGAUAUAAAUAUCAACCAACAGAUUUGCUAACAUUUUCUUAUUAUUAUUUAAAUGUUAUGCAUAAUACUGAAAAAAUCAAUAAAAUUAAAUCUAUUUUAAAUCAAAUAUUAGAUGGUCUAGAAUAUAUACAUUAAAGAGGUAUUAUACAUAGAGAUUUAAAGCCUGAAAAUAUAUUUGUGACAAUUAAUAUUAAAGGGGAUUUAUAAGUAAAAUAUAAUAAAAAUAAACUGGUUAGGUUGUUUUAGCAGAUUUUGAUUAGGGAAAAGAUGUUAGAGAAGAAAAAUUAUCUACAAUGACUGAUGAGAGACUUCCUUAAGAAGAAUUGAAUUCUAUUACUUCUUAAAAUACAAUUACAACAGGUACUUUUGGUUAUUAGACUGCUAAUUAUGUUAAAGAUUCUCAUUAUGGAAUGGCAGAUGAAUUUUAUGCAAUAGGAAUUAUUUUAUUACAUUUAGUUAUUGCAUUUCCAGGAGAACCAAAAAAUAGAAAUCAUUAUGCAAAAACUUUUGUAAUGGCUAAUCAUGCAGAGGAUGUUUUAUCUUUAUUUGAUACUUGGGCUAAUAAGUUUGUUAAAAAUAAAAGCACUGAUUUUUCAUUCACUCAUUAUAAAAAUGUUAUGGAUCUAGCCAAAUUAUUGAUAAGCUCAAGGAAAUUAACUCAUGCAGAUGUUAGAAAAAUGAUAAAUGAAUUAUGAGUAUGAAUAUCAGAAUGAGUUUUGUAAC